GGGGACGGCCGCACACCAACACAACACACCACCGUCGGAAGAGGAGGGGGAGAGAGAAGUCAGCAGCGGCGGGACGGGAGGGAGCAGCACGGGCGCGGGGCGGGAGCGGGAGCAGAAGCAGCAGCGAGGUUCUGGCUAAAUAUUUUAAGGUUUUUAUUAGCAAUUCCAGUUACGUGCCUUGCCUUUUUUACGUGAUUCUACAAAGCGAUGAACGGAGCCCAUCCCUGGACCUCUGUGUCUGGGAGUGCAUGCUCUAACCUUGGACUUGUUGCCAGGGAGAUGAAUGGUAGUGUUUCAAUUAGUACUACAAAUUCAUCUGGGCCAAGCAUUGGAGUUAGCUCUUUGGUGACUGACACCAACUCGUCACUUUCUGGAGGUGCCCAGUUACAGCCAAGUAAUAGCAUGAAUUGUGAUUCAUUCAUGCGUGUUCCUGCCUCCCCGAUGUCAUUUUCAUCCAAUAACACCUCUGGCUCUUCAGUCAUUGAUGGUUCCAUCAUGCAGCAAAGUUCACCCCAAGAGCAGGUCCAGAAACGGAGGACUUCAAGUGUAUCAUCACUAGCUGUGAUUGAUGCUGGUGGUGCAUUGCAUGCUCAGAAGAAAUCAAGGAUUGAUGCUAGCCAGGGUGAUAUCAUGCAACAACAGCUGAUUCAGCAGCUGGUCCAUGGUCAGAAUUCUCUUCAUUUCCAAGGGCAACAGAACCCACAGCUUCAAGCUUUGAUCCAGCAGAAUAAACUGGCCCUGCUUCAGCAGCAGCAGCAGCAGCAGCAGCAGCAGCAGCAGCAUCUAUUGCAACCAUUUUCCCAGAUACAACAACCCCAAGUUGGUAUUCCUCGACAGCCUCAACUUAGGCCACCACUGGCACAGCCUGGAAUGCAGUUAGGUGGUCCUGUUAGGACUCCUGUUGAGAAUGGAAUUUGUUCUCGCAGGAUAAAACAGUAUUUAUUUCACAAGCGUCAGCACCCAGAGAAUAACUCUAUAACAUACUGGAGGAAGCUUGUUGAGGAGUACUUUGCACCGCGAUCAAGAGAAAGAUGGUGUGUCUCUUCUUAUGAAAAUAGAGGGAAUUCCUCAGCAGCUGCUCCACAGAAAGCUCUGGAUUCAUGGCGAUGUGACAUUUGCAAUACACAUGGAGGAAAAGGAUAUGAUGCUACUUAUGAAGUACUUCCUAGGCUCUUCCAAAUUAGAUUUGACCACGGUGUUAUCGAUGAAUGCCUAUUCUUUGAUUCGCCCAAUGAAUUCCGGUUGUCUAAUGGACAAAUGGUGCUGGAGUAUGCAAAAGUUGUUCAAAAAAGUGUUUAUGAACAUCUACAUGUUAUACAUGAGGGGCAUCUGAGAAUCAUUUUCACACCAGAACUGAAGAUAAUGUCCUGGGAAUUCUGUUCACGAAGCCAUGAAGAGUAUACCACACGCAAGACUAUAGCACCGCAGGUUAAUAAUCUGCUGCAAGUUGCCCAGAACUACCAAACUGCUGUCAGUGAAAGUGGACCAGCUGGGAUAUCAAACAAUGACGCACAAACCAUUUGCAACAUGUUUGUCGCUGCAUCACGACAAUUAGCAAAAAAUCUAGAGCAUCACACCUUAAAUGAACAUGGGCUUUCCAAAAGAUAUGUACGCUGCCUGCAGAUAUCUGAGGUGGUGAAUCACAUGAAGGACUUGAUUGAGUUCAGCCACAAGAACAAUCUUGGUCCUAAAGAGAGCCUGAAUAUUUAUUCUAAAACUAUUGCAAAGUUUCAGAAUAUGCCAAGACAGCUCAUGACUGCUGCUAGCCUUGCCAAUAACCAGAGCAACACCAAAGUAAUUGGGAUCCAGCAAGAGACAAGUGCUCCUGUGAACAACCAGACUCCUAGUGUUGGAGCCAUUGGCAAUAACACUCUACAGACUGCCACAACGCUAAACAGUUAUCAGAACCUACUCAGAAGCUCCAGCGCAAAUCAGAUUUUGCUUCAGCAUGAGGCAUCGAGCAUCUUCAAAGGCUCAGCAGGAACGCACAACGGGAUACAGCUGGAAGCGGUCAGAUCCUUCCAUGGACCUGGCCAGGCGCAGCUUGCGCAAUUCCAACACCCUGCAUCAUUUCAGCAGCCUACACCGCAGCAAAACAAUCUCCAUGGCUUUGGUGCUAGCCCACAAUACCAGCAACAUGUGUUUAAUCAAUUACUUCAGGAAGUUAAGAAGAAUAAUAACUGUGCUUUUGCACAGCAACCACCUCCAGAUGCACCUAGUGCAAGCAGUGGUCUCACAUCAGGAGCUGCUACCCCCAAUGUUGCUGCUUCUGGGGAGCAGGCGCUUGGUGCUAACCCACAAUACCAGCAGCAUGUGCUUAAUCAAUUACUUCAGGAAGUUAAGAAGAAUAACAACCGUGCUUUUGCACAGCAACCACCUCCAGACGCACCUAGUGCAAGCAGUGGUCUCGCAUCAGGAGCUGCUACCCCCAAUGUUGCUGCUUCUGGGGAGCAGGUGCUUGGUGCUAGCCCACAAUACCAGCAGCAUGUGCUUAAUCAAUUACUUCAGGAAGUUAAGAAGAAUAACAAUCGUGCUUUUGCACAGCAACCACUUCCAGAUGCACCUAGUGCAAGCAGUGGUCUCACAUCAGGAGCUGCUACGCCCAAUGUUGCUGCUUCUCGGGAGCAGGUGCAGCACAUCAAUAAUCAUAACAGUAACCACAACAGUGCAGUAAAGGGUGCUCCUCCAGCUGGUACUGGGCCUAGUUAUGUGAUCAACAAUAACACAGCCAGCAUUGCCCCUAGCAGAAACAACAGUUUCAAGUCAGCGAGCAGUAAUCCACGUGCUUCUGCUACUGGAGGAAACGCUGUGAAUCAAAAGGUUGAUGAAUCCUUCCAUGAACUGGAGGACCUUGACCACCUGAUUACUAGCGAACUGUUGGAAAGUGGGCUGUUCGGUGCAGGGCAGGGUGGUGACGUGUUGCCGUGGUAAACAUCACGCUACUCUUGAGAUUGUUUGAUGUAAGCGCUAAGCAGCAAUAGCCUGCUUGGUUGCUGGCAAGUGGUAAUGGAAAGUUGCCCUAGAUUCUAGUUUAAUAUCUUCUUUCUCUCCUCUUUUUGGAGAUUUUGUGUUGCUCUUUCAGAGAGUUUCCGAUGAUCAUACACUGGGGUAACUUCAGAUGUGGUAGUGAGAUAGUGAGUUGGAUUUGCUUGGGAAUCUGGGAACGGUGCUACCAUAGCAGUAUCUGUGACAUGUUACUGAAUGAACCUGUCAUUAUCACCAAGUUCACAACAUUACUUGAGUCAUGUAUAUCAUAUUCAUGCUAUAGGAGUGCCAAUUGCGAUCUCCAAUUAUCUGCGA